UGAAUUGGGAUGCGCCUAUGCUGAUGGGUGUUUGACAGCAGAACAGAUGAUCCUCGCUGCUUAUGCAAGAGGAAGAGCGUCCCUAGAAGCCGAACUUAUUCCAGGGAUGAUGGCUGCAGUGGGAAUUGGGUAUCAACAAAUCAAGAAUCAGUGUCCUCCAACAGUAGAAGUGGCAUGCCACAAUGGUCCUGAAAGUUGCACCAUAUCAGGACCAACAAAGGACAUGGAAGAUUUCGUGGCUCAAUUGAAAGAAAGGGGUGUCUUUGCCAGGCUGGUUAAUGCUGCAAAUAUCGCGUAUCACAGUAGAUACGUAAAACCUACCGCUCCGCUUCUUCUGAAGUAUCUCAAGGAGAUCAUUCCAAUUGCAUCCCCACGAUCUUCAAAAUGGAUCAGUACGUCUGUACCUGAAGACAGAUGGGAUUGUGAUUUAGCGAAAACUUCUUCAGCGGAGUAUCACACAAACAAUUUACUUAGUUCAGUUUUAUUUGAGGAAGCAUCAAAACAUAUUCCAAAAGACGCCAUUGUCAUAGAAAUAGCUCCCCAUGGACUUCUACAAGCUAUUCUUAAACGCUCUCUGCCACCAGAAUGUACCAACAUUGCUUUGACUCAAAGAGGACACAGGAGCAACAUGGAAUUUUUAUUGUCAGCUCUUGGAAGGAAACCCCAACAGUCC